CACUGUUUGUGUCGUUUUGAGUUGGUGGAAGAAGACAGAAACUGUGAAAUAUCAACAUGUUUGCGGUGUAAAAAAUCCGUAGGUUAUGGCUCUGAACGAACAAAAACAUUUAUCCUUACAUAUUGUAGUUUUCAAUUACGAUGUUUGAAUCUCUACCUAUACAUGCAAGGUCACCCCUGAUUAAUAUAACCUAACCUGUCAAAUUAUUUACCCUGCUACACUACAUUUUCAUUAAUGAAUGAGUUAUAAAAUGAGUAAUGGAGAAAAACAAAAACGACCUAACUGUUUGAUAUGUGGCGGUCAAAUUUCAUCCAGUAAUUACGGUGUAUUUUGUACUGUUGUACCUAAUACUGAUACUCUGCUUGCCAAUGCAGUGGAGAAAAUUGUAUGCAAGAAACUUGUACGGUCUGUAUUGUCAGCAGCAUCCAUCUGUGCAAAAUGUUUUUCCCUUUUUGAGGAAUUAGCAUGCGCCGAAACAAAGUGCACAUCCAUCAAGAAAAAAAUUCUAACAUUUUUUGAAAGAAAUUCCCAUAGAAUAAAAAAUGGUAUACAGGAUAUUCAGGGUGUAGCGUGUCAGACAGAAGAUGUGAUAGAAAUUAACAGUGUUGUUGAGAAACCAGAUGAUAAACUGAAAGAGGAGGAAUGUGAACCAGAUACUGAAAAUUCUUGUGAAAAAUCUACUACAGAACAGAAGACUGAUACUGGCAAAGUUACCCCUCGAACUUCAAUAGUGGCAGCUGGGAAAGCAGGAGCUUACAGUAAGAGAAAAGGAAGACCAGCACGAAAACCACAUACAUCUAAACAAAUUUCUAACAAGUUAUGCAGUGGUCAAGAAAAAGAUGUUCAUCGAGUUCGGCGUUAUAUACACCCAUGCUCACUUUGUGGUAGACUUUUUCGUCGUCCUUGUGAGGUAAAACAGCAUUUGUUGUCCCAUGGGGGUGCAAAGCCUUAUCAGUGCCGUGAUUGUGGGAAAAAGUUUGGCUCAAAAUCAGGUGCAGGUAUUCAUGCUCUGAAGAAACAUGGUAAAGAUAUAACUGAAGAAAAUAUAAUUGACUUGUGUAAGGAUGGUACUUUUAUAAACUCUUCUUCUGACCAGGUAAAUAUGAUGGUUGAAAGAGACAAUAAAGUGAAGAAGGAAGUAGAUGAUCAGAGAGACAAUGACACAACAAGUAGUGAUGAUGAUUUUGAGUGGAAAAUGGAUGAAGAAGAAAUUUUUGGUAUGUUUAGUAGUGAGGGGCAAAAAUUUGACUCUGUAACCAACUCACCAGACAAAGCUACAUCUAGUGAAACGGAACAAAAUGGAACUGUUAAUGUUAAAAAUGAAGAUGUUAAAAAAGAUAUUACCGAAGACAAGAGCAAAGAGGAAGAAGCAAAGCUAUCUGAUACUGGAAAACCUUCACAAGGAUCAAGAAAUAAUGAAGAGAAUAAUGACAGCAAAGACGACAAGAGGGCAAGAAAAGAAAAGAAAAGAAAGCGGGAGCCAGCACCGAAGGUACCAAAACACGAGUGUGGCAUCUGUGGUAAAAAGUGGCGAACUAUGAGUGAAUAUAGAUCACAUGUUGCAACUCACAGUGAUGAAAGACCAUACAUUUGUGAAAUUUGUGGGCAAGCGUAUAAACACAAACCAGCACUAGAUAUUCAUGUUGGGAUGCAUAAUGGUAUAAAUCCCUUCUGUUGCCCCUACUGCAACAAGGCAUUCACCCAAAAGGGAGCACUUCAACGCCAUAUGCCCAUACACACUGGGGAAGCACCAUUCCAGUGUGAACUUUGUGGAAAGCGAUUUGUACAUCAUACAAGUUUCAAUAUGCACACAUUGGCCCACACUGGUCAGAAGAGUUACAAAUGUGGUCUCUGUGGCUUGGCACUGCUGUCGGGAUCACACCUUAAGCGACACUCAAGAGUCCACACAGGAGAGCGACCUUAUCAGUGCCAGACAUGUGGAAAACGUUUUGCCGAGAGAUACAACUUAGUUGCUCAUACACGAGUCCAUGACACUAGCUCUAACUCUGGUGUAAGAGAUGGAGGCUACAAGAAACAUCACAGGUGUCAGUUGUGUGGAGCGAGAUUCGACCGAAGACCGAAGUUGGAUCAUCACAUGGCUCUCUGUCACAAUAAGCUAGGAGAGUCAGAAGACAACCAAAAAUGGAUAGGUCAUACUAUGACUGAAGAGUCAAGUAAACAGACAGCCAGUGAUCUGGGUACUAUGAUGCCAUCAGUGACACUGAGUCAACCCCACUUGCAUAAUGUAGCACCCACUUCUGCUCAUCAGCACCGCCCACUUUUACUUCACACAGUUCAUGGACAAACACAUGGACCAGAGCAUGAACAUAGUCACACUCAUGGUUCAAAGGUGACAGCAGCUCAUUCACAUGGUCAUCCCCAUGCACAUCCACUCCUGGCAGCUGCAGCAGCUCAUCAGACUCUGGGUGUUCCAAACCAGCACCAGCAAAAUUGGCAUCAAAUUAUUUUUGGUGGAAAUGGUGGUGUGAGGGCAGAAGAUGGAGCAGGUAACUUGUUAGAUGGAGUUCCACAAGUUAAGGUAGGAAUGCAAAGUGCAGGUAUAAAUGGAACAGCACAGCAUCGGCUUCUUACAGAGAUGCCAUCUUUGGGGCACAGUACUCAAAACCACAGUGUUGGAGUAAGCAUAGGCACUGGUCGAAACGUACUAGCAUCUUGCUUAGCAGCUGCUGCACCACAUCAUCUUGUGGCAAACAGUCAUGCUCCACAUUUAACAAAUCAUCAUUCAGUUACACAGUCUCGAGUGAAUAUGUUUUCUUCUGGUGAAAGCUGAAAAUUUUUGAGUCCUUCCUUAGAUCAAGUUGGGAUUGGUGCUUUCAGUCAAUGCUUUGACAAGGACAGUGUUAUCUCUUCACAGAGAAUGUUGUAGCAACCUCAAGGAGAUUAUGAAGGUCAGUUUACAUUUUGCAACACUUAGUUGUAAAAGUGAAGUGUUUCGGUCAUAUCUUCGUGUUCUACCAUAUCAGAUUUAUGCAGUGUGAGAGAACAUCAGAGAACAAUCCAAUGAAAUUUCCAUUCAUAGCAUUCUGAUUAUAAAACUAUUUAUUGGUUUGCCACUAUGACACAGAAAAAACAAAAUCAGGCAUACCAGUUAAAACAAUGUCAUCAAUUCAAUUGAGGCAGCAGAAAGUAAAAUAUUGUUAUAGACAUAUUUUCAUCAUUGUCUUGCAAGUGUAUCAGAAAAAAAUAUGAAAUACGUGAAGUCAAUAUGUCAUUCAACUUAUCCAUUGGGAAUUGUUACUAAUUUAGCAGGAGAUACGUUUUGCAGUCGACAUUAGGGAUGUGUCUAGAAAGAAAUCAUAACAUUUGUGGAUGAAAGGGAGGAAAGUAUUGGAAGUUAUAAAGGUCUGUUGGCACUGAAUAUCAUAGUUAUAGCAGAAGUUAGAAACUAGCAUAUAUGAAAUUCCGACAGGAGAUGAAGAGGUUCAGUCCCAGAAAUCAGAAUCAAUUUGGAGCAUGAACACACAGAGCACAUAUAGAUUAUUUCAGCCAAGAAAUGGAGAAUUAGUUGGAUACUAUUGCAAGUACUUUUAUAGUUGGUAAAGUAAGAGUAAGGAAGCUCUGUCCAGCUCAAUGAUUGUAUUUAGGGUAGGAGCUGUGUGAGAAAGCAAGCUCUGUUGUCCUUUUGCUGUGAUUGUUCCACAAAUAUGCUGGGUGCUUCAUAAUGGGGAGCUCCACCUUUUCUCUCGUGAGUCAUUGCUUCAUCACUCAUUUUGAAACACACAAACAACACAUCACAACAUGGUAUUCACUUUGGAAUGCCCACAGUAUUAUACACAGUAUUGUUAUGGCCCAUCUUCACACUUCUACAAAUCCAGAACGAGGGAGCCCAGCACUCAAUAAAAUUACUGCAAAUUGUAUGUGAAUCUUCUCAGAAAGGAAAAUUCCCUUGAAAAUUAGAAUGUUUAUGUGCACAUCAAGGAUCAUUUGCAGUAGUUAGUUUCAAAACCAUAGUGGCAUAAUGUUAAAGUAUUGAGUUACCAUCAGCUGUGCAUAACAGAUCGGUGAAAAAUGUUUUAUGGCUGUAGACAUUAAUAGACAAGUAGAAGGUUACAGGGAAUUCUGCAGGUUCAGUCCCAUAAAUCAGAAUCAGUUUGGAGCAUGAACACACAGAGCACAUGUAGAUUAUUUCAGCCGAGAAAUGUAGAAUCAGUUGGUUACUAUUGUGAAUCCUUUCCAUAGUUUGUAAGAGAAGAGUCUGUGGAGUGUGGAAGCUCCGUCCAGCUGUGAUUGCCUUUAUGAUAGGAGCUGUGUGAGAAAGCAAGCUCUGCUGUCCUUUUGCAGUGCUGGUUCCACGAAUGUGCUGGGUGCUUUAUAAUGGGGAGCUGUACCUUUUCUCUGUUGAGUCAUUGCUUCAUCACUCAUUUUGAAACACACAAACAAAAGGCCUCCAAAAUGACUUGAAUAAUUGAAAUACUUUUUUUUGCUAAGUGUUUGUUUGUUUAUCAUAACCCUUCUCUUUUACCCAAAACGAAACAGAGUCGUGUUGAGUGCUUGUUGUUCGUAGCAGAAAUUACUGAGCUUUCUGGCUUAGUCUGUCGAGAAAGUAUAAAGUGCUGGAGAGAAUGCUUUGUGUUUAAAAGUUGUAGGCUUUUUUUCAUACUAAAUUGCAGAAUUUUUAUUUCAUUCACCAUUUUGUAUCCCUCUGACUAUUUGAGAAUGUUCUUAUUUUUUGUCAUAUCCCACCCACAUUUUCUUGUGCUGAUAUAAGAAAUUCAACUGACAAAAACCUUGUGGUGUAUACUAGAACACAAUGACUGCGUAACACUUAAUAUGACAUCCAAAGCAGCUUUUGACAUUUAAAUCUUUUCACAGGUGUGCUGUAUUUCAACAAUCCCUCAAUUUCUGUAGUAUUUCCUUGUAGACAUGGUCUUGACAGUGGGCGAGCACAGUUGUACUAUCUUCCUCCAACAACUAAUAGCACUUUGUGAAUUUCUAUUAGCAGAUAUUUGCAUUAGUGUGUUUGUUAACUCUGUGCAAGAGAAUUAGGAAUUAAUUUGGUCUCUCUCUUUCUCUUUCUGACACACACACACACACACACACACACACACACACACACACAAGUGUGUUCUGAAAAAUGAUAAUGCCUCUGUAUUGUCUAUGUGAAAACUCUUAAAGCUUUUUAAAUGAAACAAAUGUUAUUAACCUUCAACAUCUUUAAUCUUGAUGUCUACAUAUUUUUUUUCUCAACAUAGUCACCCUGGCAAGAACACAUUUCUCCCAAUGAGAGACCAUUUUGUUGAUACCAUCACUGUAGAAUGUUUGCACCACUUCAUCAGUAUCUAAGUGAAGUCCCCAAAGGUGCUCUUUUAAGUUUUGGAAACUUAUGCAAAUCGUAUGGAGGAUCAUCAGUGACAAUCAAACGAGGGAGUUGCAUUGUUGCAGAAGUUCCAGCACUCGUGUGGUCUGGCAUUGCCAUGCUGUAGGAGAGGGCACUCCAUAUGUGGACAAACUCGUAAGAGUUUUCACAUAAAAGUUUCAGAGGAAUUGCUUUUAAACACACCCUUACAUAUAUAUGAAAUGGUUUGUAAUCUCAAGUAUGUGCCGUUAAUUAAUAGAGUAUGAAGUAGUGGGAUAUGUCAUAGGAAUAAAGAAGAAUUUGCUUAAACUCAGGGAGAACUGUGCAAUAUCCAAAUAGUAUGGAUAUAUACAGACAAAACACAUUAGUUAUUUUGGAUGCCAUCUCAUGAUUUAAAAUCAGUGAUGGUGUAAAGUCCAUGCAGUUAUUGUGUUGAAAACUGUAGUACUUAAGAAAAUUAUAUUUUAUAGCAGCUAGAUAUGUUGAAGUUCUGUUCAGUAUUGGAGACAUAUUUCUAGAAUUUAUAAGACGAAAGCUGUUUAAUGAGAAGUGUGAUGGGAAUUAAUGAACUGGAUUCCUGCACUUGCAAAGUUACUGUGAUAGCAAGUUGCAGAAAGGGACUGAAGCUUUAAAUAGAUAAAAUGAUAUUAUUUUGAACUUUUUAUUGGAUUUUACUCACCAUCUAAAAUUUAUGACAUGUGUAUGACAUCAGAUUUUUGUAUAAUGCUCAGAUUUAUAUUGUAUGCGUAAUCAUCCAUAAAUUCACAGCAUAUCAGUGACUGAAUGGAAUAAACUCCAAUUUUGAUGUGCUGAAUUUGUGACUUUUUGUACCAUAUCUGUAUUACUAGUCUAUUUGAUAGGAUUAUAUUUUAUGAAAUAUUUUGUGAUGCAGAGUUUAUCAGUUGGUCUGCUGAAUUAAUGACCAUGUGUCACAGUACUGAACAUUGAAUUUUGUAAUAAGAAAAACCUGAACAUGUUCUCAAGGGGGAAAACUUCCUCAAGAGCAAAAAUUGCUUGAAUGAUAUUACUUAAAGUUCUGCACUUAGGUUUCAGAUAUGUAUGUAUUUUUGUAGUAUAGGUCUCUGUAAAUGUCUUUCUUUCAAGCAGAGCUUAUAUUAAUUUGGCAAACUGAUAAGCUAUUUAUAACAUUUGCCAGUCAUUAUUGUACAAAGUAUAAAUAUCUACCUAAUUUCAUUUCUAAUUAAAAUGAAACCCAGUGAUUUAGAUGCCUCUUUACAUUAAAAUGCAUCAUAUGUUAAAUUUUACUUUAUUUAUUUGCUUAGCCCUUGCAUCGUAUAAUGUACGGAUGUACAGUAUACAAGACAACUAGUACAUGUAUGAUUCUAACAGGAUACGAUAGAAAGGAAAUUAAUAUUUUCAGAACAUACUUUUUUCAAGAUUUAAAUUAUGUAUGGCAUGAGGUUGGGGUCAUAUAAGAAGUUUGCUUUCAGGUACUCAGCAACUGAAUAAAAUGUUUGCUUCAUUAGGAUUUCGUUUGCUUUUCAGUAUAAAGUAUUGGUUUUCUUUUGAUUGAUGGGCAUAGUUUGUUGAAGAGUGGGCUUGCCUGUAUUUGUCAUCACAUCAUGAUUUCUGUUGAAUUUUUGGCACAUCAGAUGAAUGUUUGCCUUGAUUCACAUGUUAUGGUUGUGCAUUUCUCCAUUUGUCACAAACAGAUUUACAUUUUUUUUGGAGAAAGGAGAGUUUGUAGAGUGUAAAUACAGGGCACUGGCAAUGUAUUUAUUUUUUUGAA